CUUUGCACUGGAAAGAAAGAACAGAUAGACGAGCCACGCAAUCUUUCGUUCUGCCCCCAAAAUUUUCAGAAACACCACUCUGUUGUGGCUCCUUCAAAUCUUAUUUCCUGACCAAUGGUGAAGAGCUGAUGCACUCUGAUAGAGAUAAAGUCUUAGUGUGUGAAAUGAGUAUAUAUGAAUUAAUACUGAUUCAAGAUUUUAAACUAUUCUUCUGUAUAAAUGCUUAUUUGUGACAUUUUCCUUUUGUAAUAUUCUAGGUUUUUUGAAAUAUAUUCUUUCUUAAAAAGAGACCAAAACAUGUCAAAAAAUCCUGCCCUGGAAACAUCAUAAAUACUACAGUUUGAAGAACUCUCCACUCAGAACAUAUAGCAGAUUUUCAUAUAUCUUAGGAACGUUUCCUUAAGGACAGCAGGUUGUUAACUAUGUCUCUGGCUGGUCCAGCAGAAACAGACAUAGCCGGGCACCUCCCCAGUGUGGCAUUAGGACCCAGUAGGAUGGCCGCAGAGAGUGAGAGCAGCCUGGGUGCAGGUGACUGUCCCAGGGGCAGUUCCAGGUGUGCCUCCGACAGGAGUGUUGACUAUAGCAGAUCUCAGUGUUCCUGUAGAAGUUUAAGUUCCUGCUGUGAUUACUCAGAAGACUUUCUCUCUGAAUGUUCGGAAACUGCUCUUAAUAGAAAUUAUUUAGAGAAGCCUGCGAUAAAAGAAACGGACAAGAAGAAACAGUAUGUUUCUAAAAUCUCCCAAUCUAAAGGCAAGAAGGAAAUCUCAAUUGAAAAAAAGCACAACUGGAAUGCACCACUUUUAAGUUCGCAAAACAAUACGAUUACCCAAAGAAGAGAUGCUAUGACUCAUCGCAUACUCUCAGCAAGGCUUCAUAAGAUUAAGGAGCUAAAAAACGAACUAGGUGAUACACAUCGUAAAUUGGAAGCCACGGUCAUAGAAAACCAAUUUUUGAAACACCUUCAGCUUAGGCACUUGAAAGCUAUAGGGAAGUAUGAGAAUUCACAAAAUAAUCUACCUCAAAUUAUGGCAAAACAUCAGAGCGAAGUCAAAAAUUUGAGGCAGCUACUUAGGAAGUCCCAGGAAAAGGAAAGAAGUGCAUCUAGGAAACUUCGAGAAGCUGAUAGUGAGCUGCUGAAGACUAAAGAUGCCUUACAGGCACUGCAGAAGCUUUCCGAAGACAAAAAUCUUGCAGAGAGGGAGGAACUUACUCAAAGAUUGUCGGUUCUUACAACAAAAAUGGAGGCAAAUGACAAAAAAAUACAGAGCUUGGAGAAACAAUUGAGGUUGAACAAUAGAGCCUUUAAUCGACAGCUGGCCAAUGAGAAUGGGAAGAUGUUAGCAGCUCAAGCAGCUACAAAGACUCUGCAAAUGGAAAUAAAACACCUUCAACAAAAACUUAAGGAAAAGGACCGAGAGCUCGAAAUUAGAAAUAUCUAUACUAGUCGGAUACUUAAAAAUUUACAUGACAAAGAUUAUCCAAAAGUUUCUUCAACAAAAUCUGUACAAGCAGACAGAGGUUUUCCAUUGACAAGUAUGAAACACCAGGAAACCCAAAAAUCAGAAGAUGCUCCAUCUUUGACGGCUAAGGGGAAGAAGACAACCAGAAACAUUGGUCAUAAAGAAAAACUGACUGAAAUAACCCAUGCGAUUCCUCGCUCUAUCAGCAAACUUCCAAAACAAGAGGAUUCCAAGAGAAAAUAUGAAGAUUUAUCGAAGGAAGAGGAACGUUUGGAAGUAGAACCACCUCUGGAGAAUACUGGAAGACCAAGAGAGAAGAAAGAUCAAGAGAAGAGACCCGCUUUGGUGAAAGAACGGGAACUGCCACCACCAAGGACUGAAGUAACUCCUCCCGAGAAGGAGGGCAAGCGGGAAGACGACGCAGCCCAAGGGAAGUUCACAGGCAGCCUCCAGAUAAAUGACACGGAUGAGACGCCUGAUAAAACUGCUGCGGCCAGUAUCAAAGUGCCCUCGCGACCGAGAAAGCACUACUCCUUCACGGAAGCCACCGAGAACCUGCAUCUCGGGCUCCCGGCCUUGGGCGGGCCGGCGGGCACAGGCGGGACGCGAGGCAGUCUCAGCGUAGGCAAGCCGCACGGGAGCGCAGGCCUCGGGCCAGAGCACGCGGUGAGCGGGUACGAGCCCUCCUUUGGCAAGUCUUCCCGAACAAAGGCCAAAGACACGUUCAGAGAUAAGAAAAGCAGUCUAAUGGAGGAACUCUUUGGGUCGGGCUACGUCUUCAAACACGACCAGGCCUGCACGGCUGCCCCUCCACAGCUCGAGGAGACGCCGGAAAGUAAGAUGCCCCAUCUACCCCCCGGCCAGGCCUCCGCCAGCAACGCUUUCAGAGAUUCUAAAGUAACUGUGGUAAAUUCUAUUAAGUCAUCUUCACCUACGGAAGGAAAAAGAAAGAUCAUUAUUUAAAUAGUCAGCAUCCUACUACAUUCUGAUUGGGUAUUCUCGUUCUUGCGGGCCUUUAAAUCUGAUCACGCUAGGGGGUGUGUGUGUGUGUUUCAGUAUUUCAAUGGACUUUGGAUAAUUAAGGUUUUAUUAUAAUCUAAUUCCAAAAAUCCGUUGCGUUUUAGCUAAUGAUGACAUUUCAAAUACAAAAUUCUAUCUUUUUUUUUUUUUCCUACAAUGAAAACAUGUCCAUGAUCUUUGGGAAGACUCCUUUUUUCCAUGGCUUUAAUAUCCUGUGGGACCCCACGCACGGUUCGUAAUUCCAAGUCAGUCAGCCAAGAUGGACACAUCUCAUAUACGGAGGAAUGUUUACAGCAAUCAAAUUGUGUUUUAACCAAAAAACACGGAAGCAGCUUUGAAAGGGAACAAUAUGAUCAGAAGACUAUUAAAAAAAAAAAAAACCCACAGUGUGGUUUUAUCAAAAUUAUUUUUGAGUGUUCGAUUCAGCUAAACCACCUUUGUGAUGACACUCUCCUCGUGUACACCUGAGAUCCACUUUUUAUCUCUAUUUGUUACAUACCUGUCCCGUGUCUUUUUCUGUUAAUCUUGCUGUAAAAGAGUAUAUGGAAUAGUGUCCCCUCAAGCAAGCCGCUCCAUCCUGAGAGCUUCAUUACAUAUUACGACGAGACGGGCUGUAGGCCCCACGUUAAUCGGUUUACUUACCUUCAUCUACUUUUAAGGGCAACUUAUUGAUAAUAUGGACCACAUUAUUUCCAAAGAGCUUUAUGGACUGGUGUGCAAUAUUAUCACUUUAAAAAACUAAGAGUGAAAUAAAACUUACUAAAGACAGUGAAAGCCAUGGUAGGAAAACAGUUGUAUUCAAAACCA